AUGUCUGAAAGGACGGGCCGAAAAUAUACAUAUCUAUUUUGUGAGUAUGUUAUAGAGCUUUACCGUGACAUAUACUUGCGACAUCCGACUAAAAGCGAUGUCGAACGGUUGUAUGUCGCGCAUCAAGCUAAACAUGGUUUUCCAGGGAUGCUUGGUAGCAUUGAUUGUAUACAUUGGGAGUGGGAAAAUUGUCCCAACGCGUGGCUUUGUCAGUUAACGAGAGGUGAUUAUAGGGUGUCGAUUGUUAUAUUGGAGGCGGUUGUUUCACAUGACAUAUGGUUUUGGCAUGCAUUCUUUCGUAUGGCGGGGUCAAACAAUGACCUGAAUGUUCUCCAAACGUCUCUGAUAUUUAAUGAUGUUUUACAAGGUAAAGCACUAAACAUGCCAUACGUUGUCAAUGGAAAUGAAUAUAAGUAUGGGUAUUACCUAGGCGAUGGGAUAUAUCUAGAAGGAGCUACAUUUGUCAAGUCAUACACAUUUCCGGCUGGCGAUAAACGAAAAUUGUUCAAGUUAGCACAAGAAUCUGCAAGGAAGGAUGUAGAACGGGCGUUUGGAGUCCUCAAACAAAAGUGGCACAUAAUCAAACAUCCGACACGAAUAUAG